CAGUUCAGACAGCUUACUGUUGAUGGUGUCAUGCUGCGAAUAUCGAGCAAAGAUGAUUGCAUUGCUAUUCAUGGCAAAGUGAUUUCAGUAAAAAACAUAAUUGCUUAUGGGGGUAAAGAGUAUGUUAUGUUUCAAGAAUAUAGAGAGAAAGAGGCCUUAUACACCUACCCUCUUGACUCCAGAAACAUGGGCGUAUUCAUUGUGUCCAAUUUGUCAACAGUGAUGCACUUUACUGAGCUCACAAAGCCCUGGCAGAAGUGUGUGAGGUUGCCUCUGGGAGACAAAUUUGCAGUCUUCCCUCUGACUCACACAUCUUAAUAUCACCAAUUAAUGUACAUAGUUCUUGAGAAGCAGUAACACCAUUUCUGGAUUAAAUUGUGGGACAUGCUUUACAAUGUAUCAUAUCGUAAUCUUUGAAACAACAAAUGAAGUCGAGGUUGUCCCCCAAAAUUGGGUAAGGGACAAUAUUUGUAUGUGGCCUCCAUACAAAUAUGAAGAUAGAGUUAAAGCCAUAAAAUCAAUGGUAAAGCCAGGACCAUCUUGGACUCCCUUCAAAAUCCGGAUUAUUUUUACUAGAGAAACAUAUGAAGAAGCUCGCCAAAAACUACCAGAGGCAGAAAUAAACACAGACCUUACAGAUGUGGACUCGCCCCCCGUGAGAAGAAAAAGACACAUUAAAAGGGCACGUUUUUUCGAUGAUAGUGAAACUGAGGAUGAGGCAAACUUUCCACUUCCAGCAGCGCCAGAAGUGCAAAUCAACCCCAUCAGGAAAUGUACCAGCAGAGCAGGGAAUUACUCCCAACCACUAGCCAGAGAGGAGGCAGACACUAUGAAUUCUACCAGCAGAGCAGGGAAUUACUCCCAACCACUAGCCAGAGAGGAGGCAGACACUAUGAAUUGGCGCCAAAAACAAAUCCGCAGUAACCAAAGGAGGACAUCAACACCUGUGAAACGGACAUCAGUAACCCCAAGGAAUCGCACCCCACAAUUUAGGCAAGGAGAGGCAGAAGUCUUUAGUUCACCAUCCCACACUGGUUUCAGUGAAGCUUGGAUACGCAAAAUUCUUGCAAACCAAGAAAUGAUUAAAGAACAGAUGGGCACAUUGGUUAAAUUGGUCUACGACCUCAAAAAAUUAUCAACUACAGAAGACAGCCCAACAUUAAACACAGACUGUUUUCCACUGUCAAGUUUCCAACAACUUCAAGUCAUUGAGGGACAGCUGCAGCAGGAAGACUACAAGACAGCUGUGGUAGUCAACCACAUGUUUAAACCAUAUCCGUACUGGCUGGGCUGGUUCGACAUGGAAUGGUUAAGCAACAAGAAAGGUUUGGCCUGGUGA